AGAAACGUGGAAAAUUAGUUAGUGAACCAUUUCAAAACUGGAAGAAAGCCAUUGAAGUCUUCGAUGGUCAUUUUUUUCCAGAUGCAAAGAAACACUCCAAAGACCGGGGUACUGGGUAUCAAGCCCACAUUGAUUCGUGCAUAUGUUGUGAGCAGUUUAUGAGUGUGAGAAAAAACAAUGCUCCCGUAAAUAAGCAGGUCGAUGCAGCUCUGCAGGCCAGACGGAAGAAAAAUGCUGUGGUUCUUGAGUCUAUCACCAAGACAGUGUUGUUAUGUGCGCGCCAGCACAUAGCCCUCCGUGGGCAUUCUGACAGUUCAAAAUAUUAUGAUGAUGAAUCAGUGAAUUGUGGUAAUUUCCAAUCACUUAUAGAGUUUCGUGUUGAGUCAGGUGAUUCUGUUCUCAAGGAACACUUUGCUACUUGUGGGAAGAAUGCUACCUAUCGCAGCCCUACAAUUCAGAAUGAACUUCUUGACAUUAUGGGACAGACAAUUGAACGCAAGUUAGUGAAUGAAAUAAAAACUGGUGGUAAAUUCUACUGUGUGUCUGCCGAUGAGGUACGUGACAACGGUAACGUGGAACAGCUAGCCGUGUGUGUCAGGUUUAUAGACGAGUCUGACAAGAUCCGAGAAGAGUUUCUCCGGUUUGUAGAUGUCAGUCCAGAUACCAGUGGCGAGGCUCUCUCCCAAGCUAUCCUCGACGUGCUAACAGACGUUGGUCUAGACCCUUCUAUGAUGCGGUCACAGUGCUACGAUGGUGCUGGUAACAUGACGGGUAAGACAAAAGGUGUAGGUCCAAGAAUCCAGCAUCAGUACCCCAGAGCUCUUCCUUUUGGUGCACGGCUCACCAGUUAUACCGCUGUGUAGUACAUGCUUCCAACAGCACACUUGUACGAAACAUGAUGGGAACAGUUGACAGGAUUGCUGUGUUCUUCAACUACUCGCCGAAACGACAGACCUGUCUUGCUGAAUGUCGGGCUGCCAUGGAAGUCACCGAGUCCAAGCGCCAGAAGAUAAAGUCUCUCUGCCGUACACGCUGGGUAGAACGACACAACGCCCUUGAGGUCUUUAUUGACUUUCUACCCGCCAUGGUUGAUGCAAUGUCUCAGUUAAUGGAGAAUGAAACAAAGUCUACAACAUCUGCUGAAAUCUCUGGGUUUUUGAUGGCGAUUACUGGUUUCCAGUUUAUCGCUGUCCUGGUGAUUGUGACCCGCUGUCUCAGCUAUAUAAAACCCCUCACUGUUGCUCUUCAAGGUCGUUCGGUUGAUGUGGUCAAGGCCAUGUCUCAGGUUAGUGUGGUGCAGCAAGCUCUCCAAGAGGUCCGUGACAACAUCGACACCUACCAUAACACCUGGUUCCAAGAAGUUUCAACUAUCGCUGACAAUCUUGGUGUUCAGCCAUCUCAACCCAGACUGUGUGGUCGUCAGACUAAGCGUGACAACAUCGAAGCAGCAACACCCGAAUUGUACUACAAAAGAAACCUAACGAUUCCCUUUGUUGACACUUUUGUGAAUGAAAUGGACACCCGAUUCAGUGAUUUGCAGACUAAGGCAGCCAUGGGAUUGAAGCUUAUACCGGAACAAAUGUGCACCUCUCCUGUCAGUGCUAAUGACCUUGAAUGGUUCAUUGAUGAUCUCCCUUCCCCUCAGUCCCUGCCUGCUGAGUUGCACUUAUGGCAGGCUAGAUGGAAAGGUGUUACCAACCCACCUACUACCCUUCAGGGGGCUGUUGAACAGUGUGAUUCACAGCUGUACCCCAACAUUUACACGGUUUUGUCUAUCGCAUGUGUGUUCCCUGUCACAUCAUGUGAGUGUGAAAGAAGUAUCAGUGCCCUAGGACUUGUAACAGGGUUCGCCAAAACCGUCGGUCCGCCGGUCCUGACCGGCAAAUUUUUCUAAGGACCGACAAGUGAUUUAAGAUAAUCGGUCCGACUGACCGACACAAUCGGAUGAAAAAUGGUUUCAAAAAGAUCACUCAAAGU